CCGACUUCGUUAGAGCAAUGUACCGACCGGCAAUCCAGCAAUUAGUUUAAAUGACAUAACACAUAUCAAGAGGCGCCAUAAACGCAUUACCAUUCAUAUAUUGAAUACAGCCAGUCAGAACACACCUGCCGGAUUACGCGUUUACAAAGAAGUCUACACUAAAUCUGAAAAAAGAAAAAUAAUAGUGUUUCUCUUCAAAAGACCAAAGACAGACGUUACAUAAUAAUACAAAUAUGGCCAAGGAUAAGAAGUCUUGCGGAGACGUCAUUGACGAGUGGCAAGAGUUCGUGUGGAAUUCACGGACGCAUGAGUUUCUGGGCAGGACGGCGAGCAGCUGGGGCAUGAUCCUACUAUUCUACCUGGUUUUCUACAUCUUUCUGGGGGGGAUGUUCACUCUCACCAUGUACGUCAUGCUGCAGACGCUGGACGACUACAAGCCCACCUACCAGGACAGACUGGCCAUACCAGGUAUGAUGAUCUGGCCCCGGGGGUACUUUCUGGAGAUUGAGUACAGUCUGCUUCAUCCAGAGAGCUGGGAGAAUUACGUGCAUUCCCUGGACUACUUCCUCUCCUCCUAUGACAACACGCAGCAGGCACGCACCAACGUGGAAUGCCCACCGGACCGAUACUUCCUGCAGGAGGACAGCGGGGAGGUGCGCAACAACCCCAAACGCUCCUGCCAGUUCAACCGCACCUCCCUGCAAGCCUGCUCCGGCAUCACCGACCGUCACUACGGCUACGACGCGGGCAAGCCCUGCAUCCUCAUCAAACUGAACCGGGUCAUUGGGUUAUUGCCAUCCAAGGACGGCCAGUCACCUUACAUCACAUGUGCAGCUAAGGCGGACGACUCAGCGCACAUUGGAGAGCUGGAGUACUUCCCACCAAACGGAACCCUCAACCUCAUGUACUUCCCUUACUACGGAAAGAAGGCCCAGGUGAACUACUCUCAGCCCCUGGUGGCCAUCAAGUUCCGCAACAUCACCCUGAACACAGACGUGAACGUGGAGUGCAAGAUCAACGCCGACCACAUGGAGACGUACGGCGAAGCCAGAGACAAGUUCGCCGGACGAGUGUCUUUCAAACUGAGGAUCAACGCUUAAUACUGACCUCAGCUACCUUUCUCACAAACGUGCACGAGCUUGUGCACGUGUGCACGCACACAGACAGGCACACACACACACACACACACACACACACACACAGGCACA